AUGAGGAAACCAAAUGUUUUCAAAAACUUAGGAACAUGGAGAGGAAGAGUUCGCAGCUCAAUCUUUGCAUUAAGUGCUUUUGCUCUUCUCAUCUCUGUUGUUACUUUAUCCAAAUUUAACUCUAUCGGAUCGUUUCACGUCACCGAUACGCUCUGCGGUUACGUAAAUUCUGAUCAGAGUCCAAGCAGGAGCGAUGGCCAUGUCACAAAAACGCUUGAAACUGUAAUCCAGAAAAUCCAAACACAAGUUAAGAAUUUAAGAGAUUCGGAACCAGAGGCGUCACACGGACUUGUGUUGAAAUACAGUUCCUUUCUUGCUGAUGUUCUGGGGCUUCUUGAGUCAGUGCAGACAUCUCUGUCACAGAAUGAAGACGCUCGCAAAGUAAACAAUGGGAGCAAAGACAUUCAUCCGCUCUUAAAACCGAAGCAGCAAUCCGAUGAACCUGCUAAUUACUUUCUGACCGAGGAGAUUCGAAAGUACGUCAAGAUCAAGCCGAACAGAUUAGGGAAGCAGAAUUUCAUGGGAGCCAAUGGGACAUUCCCCAGCAUCGGCCAUGCUUGCUUUGCUAUGAAGAAAGAGCUCGAAGAGUACAUGGACUAUGAUAUCGGCGACAUUUGCAACGAUGACUGGAGGCUGGCUCAGAAGCUGAUGAUUCACGGAUGUGAUCCGCUUCCGAGGAGGAGGUGCUUUUCCAGAGCCCCAAAGCUAUACAGCAUGCCGUUUCCAAUUCAUGAGUCCAUGUGGAAGCUCCCUGAUGAUAGAAAUGUCCGCUGGAGUAACUACAUUUGCAAAAACUUUACUUGCCUCGCAAGCAACAAAACUCGAAGGGGGUUCUUCAAAUGUGCAGAUUGCUUCAAUCUUGCAGACCACGAAAUGCCAAGAUGGAUCCAACCAGCAAACCUAGAAGACUCCAAUUCAAAUGUAACCGUAGAUUUUCUCAUCCCUGAAGUGCUCGAAAUCAAGCCCGGGGAGAUCAGGAUUGGGCUUGAUUUCAGCGUAGCAACUGGGACUUUUGCAGCAAGGAUGAGGGAGUUCAAUGUGACUAUAGUCUCGGCAACUAUCAAUCUUGGAGCACCUUUCAAUGAAAUGAUAGCGCUGCGUGGACUUGUUCCGCUUUACCUGACAAUAAAUCAACGGCUUCCAUUUUUCGAUAACACCCUUGAUUUGAUCCACACCACGAGGUUUCUAGACGGAUGGAUAGAUCUCGUGCUGCUGGACUUUGUUCUUUAUGAUUGGGACAGAGUUCUGAGGCCAGGCGGAUUCUUGUGGAUCGACAGCUUCUUUUGUUUGAAGGAGGAUUUAAGUGAUUAUUUGGAAUCCCUGAAGAUGCUGAGGUACAAGAAGCACAAAUGGGUUGUUGUUCCAAAGCUUGAUAAAAGUGAUGAUAAGGAAGUUUUCUUCUCUGCUCUAUUAGAGAAGCCGGGAAGGCCGUUCCGGUAA